CUCUCUCUCUCUCUCUCUUUCUCUCUCUAGGUCUUUACCAUUAUUCUUACCCAAAAAAAACCCAGACCCAGAAACCCCAGCGCCUGGUUUCUCUUCCUCUUUUGGGCACUGGCUCUUGUUCUUCCACCCCAUCACCAAUUUUUUAAAGUUUCAGCAUCUAGACAGAGAGAAGAAGAGAGAAAAGUAGUAGAAUGAGAAAGAGGAAUUGAAGGUGUUUCUGGGCUGGUAAGAGUGUGUGUUUGAGAGUUAGGGUUGCAGGCCUGUGAUCUUCCCUUCUGAUAUUGGAUUGAACUUUAACAGGAAGUUAGGGCGGCCGCUGCGAAGAAAACAGGGGUUUCAGUUUCUCUCUAACAAUCUUCUUUCCUGGUUCAUGGGUUCGUAUCUCUGAGUUCAGGUGGGGAGAUUCUCGACAUGGGUUUUCUCUCUCUAAGUUCUCGGGGCCUUGCAGCGAACAGAUCUGUGCGUUUAGAGAGAGAAAGAGAGGGAAGGGGAAGAGAGAUGCAAUUGACAUGCAGCAGCAGGCGAUGAUGAACGCAUAGAUUCCCGUGGGUACCGACAGACACGUUGAGGAAGCACCCCCUUAAGUCUAGAGAGAGAAACUUCAAACUAAGCAACCACAAUUUCGGCUGCAUGCUAAAACCCCCAGAUUCCUCUCUCUCUCUAUAAAUCCACACCCUUUUCCCCUUCCUCCAUUACCAAAAACUCUGAGCUAUUCCCGCUCUCUUUAUCACUUGGAGUAAGAACAAGAGAGAUUAUGCAGCAGGAGAGAGAAAGAGGGGGUGGCGCCGAUAUGCUGGGCUGCUCUUCUCGUGCCUUGCAAGACCGGCGGGCGAAGCCACAGGCCGAGCAACCGCAGAAGUGCCCUCGCUGUGACUCCCUCAACACAAAAUUCUGCUACUACAACAACUACAGUCUCUCGCAGCCCCGUUACUUCUGCAAGACGUGCCGCCGAUACUGGACCAGGGGCGGAACGCUCCGCAACGUUCCGGUUGGUGGAGGCUGCCGUAAAAAGAAGCCCUCCUCAAAACGGGCCACGGAGCCAUUAACCGCCUCCCCCUCCAUGGUCCAUGAUCCCGAGCCUGUCUCAAGUCCACCGGCUGCACCAGUAGACCCAGUUGCAUCAACCGCUGGGUCCGUAUCGGUCUACUAUGGCUCGGAUCAGGUUGGGUUCGGUGGGUUCAGCGGAGAGCGGCCUUCGCAACAGUUGACUGCGUUGCAGUCAAUGAGUCAUGCGAUUAAUUUAGGUGACUUGGGGCCUCUCUUCGCUCACCGCGGUCCUCAGCUUGGCGGAGGACAGGGUUUUCAGCUACCAGUGUUCAGCAUGGGGCCAAAUGGCAUGGACCCUUGGAGGAUUCAGCAACGCGAGCCGAGCGGUGGGUUCGGCACGCCACAACAAGCGAUGAGCGGUUCAUCAUUUGAUGAGGCGGCGAUGGGAGGAGGCAGAGGGGGGAGGGUGGGUAUUGCUGGCAGUGGUGUUCCUUCAUUGGUGGUCUUGAAGACUGAAGGGGCAAGCAGUGGGAGAGCGGAAUGGCCGGCGGCACCUACUGAGGGUCUGUUUGAAGGCGCUGGCGCUGCUUCGAAUGCUGCCUCUGCCGGAGGCGGCUACUGGGGUGGCGGCAGUGUGUCGGGAGGUUGGCCAGAUCUCUCAGGUUAUGGUCCUCCCCAUCCUCCUUCCUCUACCUCCUUCUUAUGAGAGAGAAAGAUAGAAGCCCGGUUGUUUUCAAGAGAGAAGAGAGAGAAAUAGUCAUCCUUCACCUCACUUUAAGCAGCAUGUCUCAGAAUUUGGGACCUGAUUCCAUUAGUGCUUCGUGCCUCUUUCUCUCUCUAAGAUUUUCUAUUCUGUUUUGGUUUUUUGGUUCCUUUCUUUUUGCCUUGUUUUAGUUUGGUGGAUAUACACCUGAAGCUGGUUUUUUUUGGCUUGGCUUCAAUUCAUUGUUUCCCCCAGAAUGAGGACUCUACAGUGGUUGUUCGAUCAGAGAAGACACAGUAUGAGUUCUUUUUUUCCAAUUUUUCUUUACUUUUAGGGUUUUUUUUUUUCUUCAAUAUCUUGUUAACAGAAGCUUAGGGUUUGUGGGAUCCUUGUAAAUAGAGACACUAGUUGGGUUUUAAUGGUUUGAAUUGAGAUCAAUGGUGUUUUGAUCCUCCAUUUCUAUUGUUUUCUUUGUAUAUGCUUUAGAGAGAGAUUAGAGGAGAGAGAGAUGGCGUGUGCAAAUGGAACCAGAAGAGCCUUCUCUCUCGUACAUUUCAAAUAGGAAAUUAUCAGCAAAACCCACUGUCUUGGAUUUCAGAGUCCCUAACUACAUGUCUGGUGCGUUAUGGACCAGCACGUCUCUCUCUCUAACCACUUUCUCUCUCUACAAAUCCACACUGCCCGUCUGCAGAGAUACACCCUUUUUAUCAGUCUUUCUCACCCACUUUCUUAAGCAUCUCACAUUCUUAACAUCUAUUUGUCUCUCUCUCUCCUCACUUUCUCUCUCAUCACCCUGCUUCUUCCGAGCCGUAGAUUUAUCAUUGGGAAAUCCACCUCAACCGUAGUCUUGAUUGAUUUAUCAGCAGUCCAUGUGCUCUGAUUGAUAAUAACACGUCCUUAAAUGCAUGCUUUCUCUCUCUCUCUCUCACUAACUUGCUUUAUCUUUCUCUCUCUACUGUUACUUAAUAUCUAUCCAUCCUCCCCUGAGCAAACUUUAACAACCAACGGUCGCUCCAAGCACCCAAUUGACAGAAUGGCGUGCCCCCUCUUCUCGAAGUCCAAAGCCAUGCAGCGGAGUUUGCAUGGACCUAGGCCGUGCUGGUUCGAGCCCUGGGCUCAAAAUUUUAGGCCGUGCUGUCUCUCUACAUCUCUCUUCCUUUGAUGCAAUCUUCAGUUCUCUCUCUUGGGUAAGACGAGAUACGUUGGGAGAAGGGAAGGAAUGUGGUGAGUGACUGACUGAUCGAUCUGGGUAACUAAGAGAGAGAAAGAAGAGAGAGAAAGAGGGGAUUUCAUAUCCCAAAGCGAGAGCAUAUCUUUUAACCUGCAAAAGAUGAGAUAUAUACCCAGAGAAUAAAUGGGGGGAGUCUUUGAAGGCUGGAACUGUGCCUGAAACAGUACGGAUCCCACUAUUCCAUCUUUGAGUUCUUUUUUAAUGCAUUGUUUUGUAGAGAGAGAAGGUGCUGGUAAAUUGGUUGUUUAAGAGAGAGAGGGGUAGUGGAAAUGCCUGGAAAUUGGUUUUUAAAGGAGAGAGAGAGAGGGGCAGGCGUAGUGGAAGUUGGAAUGGAGAGAAGUUGGGUUUUUAAAGGAGGGGCCUUCCUUCUUCAGAGUCUGCUUAA